AUGGCCUUCCAAGGCAUCGCAGCUGCCCUUUCAUUUGCAUCGCCCACUUCUCCCGCUCGGUGCCGCCCCGGCCGCUCCGAAGUGAUCUCCAACCAUCCAUCCUCGAUCGCCGCCAUGAAUCCUCUUAUAUCCACUUCAUACCAUGCAAGUGCCACCGCGCACGCCUACUCCCAUGCCAGCUUCGCAAGCGGCACCGUUUUCGUCUUCCGCGAGGGCGAGCUUCUCGAUCCCAGGGACACCUCGGACGACGAGCUCGACCACAGAUUCUGCGCCGGCAGCGUCUUUGCGCGCAUCUUGGACGGCCAACUCUUCGUCGCCAACACCAACUCGCUUCUGCACCACCUCAAGAAGCUGCCUCGCUCCGCCGAACGCUCGCACACAGCACCCAAUUGGGUCUACUACAGCCAGGAACACAACUGGAUCGGGGACCUCUUUUGUCUGCUCGACUACCAUGUCAUGCCCAGCCCUGCAGAUCCACUCGCGCAAUUCAAGCUGGUCACCGCCGACGGACAAGAAAGGCUGCCAAGACUGCCCAUCAAAAUUCGCAUAGCGGCGCUGCGCUCCGACAUCAGCCAACUCUCGGAACUGCUGCGUCGUGACUUUUGCACCGAGCUGUUGCCCGACAAGAUCCUCGAGCAUCCAGCCGUAUUCUUUCGCCGGCGAUACAGGGUCAUUCGUGCCAUUCAGAAGCUGUACACUGAACACUCGGCCAUGCUCUCGCCCGACGACAACAUCUUCUUCUUCCGCGGGUGCAAGGUGUGCGCGCUCUACGACCCGCAGGUCAUCCGUUUCUCGCAAGAUCUACACGCAGUAUUCCUACGCAUCUUCCACGGCGAGGACAUCAGCCCGUCCGAAUGA